GCACUCGUUCUGGGCUAGUUAGUCAAAUAAGACGAUUUGGUGGGCAUAAGACAACAACGAUGACGCUAGCGCCUGAAAAUAUGCAGUUUAUCACACGUGAAUGUAAGUGCGGUCUCGAGGGUUGAGACCACGGAUCCUCCGUCCGUUAUCUGUCUCUGAUGCAUUUGCGGCAACGUUGCCGUCGGUACGCAGCUGCAAAUAGUUGACCAUGGUCAAUGGACGUUAACACGUGAGUCGACAAUCUUUGUGCUUCGAACAGACCAAACUAUUCGGGUUGUGCAUUAGAUCGUCAUAUUUAUAGUGAUUAUAAAGUGGUAGAGAGAAGAUCAAUGGGGUCUGAAAAAUUCGCGGGAAUACGUUUGAAAUUUGAAUUUCGUCAAGUAUUACGAUCAGACGAACCGAGGACGGGACGAACGGAGUGAGAGACUAGAGCCGAGGGAAGAAUCGAGCCAGCUGUGUAUACGAAGAGAGCUGUUCCUUCAUGACAGUCGACUAUACAAAGUGCAAAACGGCAAUACAGAAUUAAAUCUGACCAAUAAAAGCGAACUCGCACGUCGCUGACCAUAACACAACAUUUUUAUAACAGACAACGUAAUUGGACAUUAUUAUUUUAAUUUGAAUCGUUGUACAUUUCAAAUAUGCAUCGUUAUGAUCAGGAAGAUUUGGCAGGACCAAGCCAGGCAGAAGUAUGGGCGGUAUCAGACAGAACACCGUUACUGCAAGGACACCGCAGCGCAAUGGGAGACAAAAUCGGCAUUUCCCAGCAGACGCUCGUCUCUAACGAAGAAAUCAGCUCCAAUGGAAAAAAGCUGCCACAAUAUAUUGCAGCAAUCGCUGCAACCCUUGGAAGUCUGGCUUUCGGCGCGGUUUUAGGUUGGUCGACUUCAGGAGGUGACGGGGGUGUAUAUUUGGCAACGGAAUACAACAUAACGAUAUCGUCGUCAGAGUUCUCUUGGAUUGGAUCGAUAACAAAUUUGGGAGCGGCAGCUGUUUGUGUUCCCUUUGGAAUUCUGAUGGACCUUAUAGGAAGAAAACCAAGCAUGCUUGUGCUAGUGGCACCUUUCUUGGUUGGCUGGGGAUUAAUUAUUUGGGCAAACUCAGUGGCAAUGUUUUACGCAGGAAGAUUCAUACUAGGAGUAAGUGGCGGAGCAUUUUGCGUUGCAGCUCCGGUGUACACUGGGGAAAUAUCGGAACCUUCGGUGCGUGGUACUCUAGGAUCGUAUUUUCAGCUGAUGUUGACCAUUGGUAUCCUCUUUUCAUACACCCUGGGUGCAUUUGCACCAAUCAAAACACUGUCAAUAGUAUCAGCGAUCAUUCCACUGAUAUUCUUCGCUGUGUUUUUCUUCAUGCCUGAAUCCCCGGCCUAUUAUUUGAUGAAAAACAGGGAUGAUCUGGCCAGAGCAAGUCUCCUGAGGCUGCGCGGUCCUGCUUACGACAUUGAACAAGAGUUGCAGGCUAAAAAAGAUGCCAUUGCAGAAGAGGCAAGAAACAAAGCCUCGUUCCUAGAAGCCAUAAGGACACAAGUUGCCAGAAAAGGAUUGAUCAUUGCCUUUGGACUGAUGAUGUUCCAGCAAUUGAGCGGAGUUAACGCCAUCAUAUUUUACACUGGUAGCAUCUUCGGCGAAGGAGGAAGCAUGUCUUCUGAAACAUCAACGAUUAUUGUUGGAGUGAUACAAGUUGUCGCAGUAUUUGCCAGUACACUGGUAGUGGACAGACUCGGGCGAAAAAUUCUUCUUAUAUCAUCGAGCACUGUAAUGACCAUUGGUGCUUUUACCCUUGGAAUAUACUUUUACUUGUCGCACACAGGAGUAGACGUGUCCGCAUAUAAUUGGAUUCCACUGAUUGCAGUUUGCCUUUUCAUACUCAUGUUCAGUCUAGGUCUUGGGCCAAUUCCAUGGAUGAUGGUAGGGGAGCUGUUUGCUCCACAAAUAAAGGGCAUUGCAGGUAGCAGCGCUUGUUUAUUUAACUGGAUAAUGGCCUUUUUAGUAACAAAGUUUUAUAGUGAUCUUGUGUUAGCAUUUGGAAAUUACACUACAUUCUGGAUAUUCAGCGUCAUUUGUGCACUGAGUAUCGUAUUCUUCGUAUUCAUCGUCCCAGAGACAAAAGGAAAAACUCUUGAACAGAUUCAGCAAGAACUGGGUGCGGUACCUGCACCUCCACCCACUUCGAAUACAAUGAAAGUUUAGAAAACAAGGAUCUCGGUUCAUAGAAUUGAUAAAACAGUACUUAACUCGACCGGCGAGUACAAUUCUGGUCAGAAUAAAGUAUUUUUGCCAACGUCCAACAGGUGCUUGUUACUUUAGUCUGCUGCUGACCCAAGUUAUUUAAGUGUGAAUAAGCACCCUGAAAACGUAAUAAUAAACUCAGUCACCUAUAAGCGAUAUAUAAUAAAGCCAAAAGAUUGUCUCACAGUCACUAAAAAAGAGUAGUAAAGAGUCAGUAAAAAGAACUUGUAAUGUGUGUUUUCUUAGAGAUCAAUAACAGGUACAAAGUGAGCGACAACUUAGCUCACACUCUAUCCAAUUUUCAAGCAGAACAAAAAGAAUUUCUUUAAAGUAAAUAUAUUAGUAUAAAUGAGAAUUAUUGAAUCAAGUUACUCUGCUUUACAGUAAUACACUGUAUAAUACUGAUGUACAAUCAACAUCGAUUCUCUUGUAAGACUGAUUCUUUUGUAAAUAUAUUUAAUCGGUUCGAGUAUUGACAAGGAUAUACUAUUAAAAUUUAACCGAAUGCCUGUGUUCUUAGCAAAAUAUAAAUGUAUGAUAAAAAGUGUCAAGAUGUCUGUAAUAUUGUGUAUUCAUUGAUCUAAAUAUUUUCAAUAAAUUAUUCUUGGUAAA